CGUGGUGACACAAUAUUUCUGCAAUUGCCUUGCAGCUUCGUCCCAGGGCAUCAAAUCCUUGGAUAAACCGCUUGAAAUUAAACCCGCAAUUAGGUUUCGUUUCGUCUCAGUAUCAAAUUGAAUUCAAAAAUUUCUGCAUCAACGCGUAUAAUGAGUCUCUGAAAUCAUGAACAAAUCUAGUGAAUACAGAUGUGUAUUCAAUCACAUCGAUAUAGAUGGAAAUGGUAUGAUCUCUCCAUCAGAGCUGCAACGCUGCAUCGGAUUGAUCUGGAACCAAGGAAUUUUACUCGAAGAGAUUGAAGUUGCUGUGGAAUUGUCACAGGGAAACAACGGACAAUUAGGGUUUGAAGAUUUUGUUGGUUUAAUGGAAAGCGCAAAGGAAGAAGAGAAGCUUGAGGACUUGAGGAAAACUUUCAGAAUAUAUCAAAUGGAUGGGACUGAUUGCAUCACUCCGAAAAGCUUAAACAGGAUGCUGAAUCGACUCGGUGAGUCGAGAAGUGUGGAUGAGUGUGUUGGGAUGAUUAAUCGAUUUGAUCUCAAUGGUGAUGGAGUUCUCAACUUUGAUGAAUUCAAACAAAUGAUGCUUUGAGAUUUCGAAUCGUUUCAUCUAAUUUCACAUUCUUGUAUUAUGGAAUCCAUCCAUUUGGAAGAUGUAAAAAUGAAUUCAGAAUUCUUAUUCAAGUAUAUAGUAAAAGAAAUAAAAUAGAUAAUACACCUGGUGUUGAUGCCAUAAAAUAAAUCCAGUUUGAAUGCAUCUCAACAUAUUUUAAAUCAA